UUUCGUAGAUAUACCGCAGUAUCCUUUUUUAAAUCUAUUUUUACGGCCCCUUUUGUUCCUCCUCAGCUUGCGCGCGCCAACCGAGUUCAAGCUGGCUCGUUCCUAUAUUCCCUUGGUAUGGUACUUCCGAUGCACAUGUCAGAUCGGCCAUCGGAGAUAGAAAUUACAUACACGCUUGGCAUGGCUGUCGCUAACCUAUCCGAGGCAAAGCAAAUGUUUCCGCAAAUCGAACGAAAUGGAGUUGUAAUUGAAUCUGUCGGGGGCGUCCCAAUGGAACCAAGUAUCUGGGAAGACUUGCAACAUCAGCUUAACUAUGCGCUGCUCCAAGUAACAUACAGCCAUGCAUUUAGGAUUAUUUGCUCAUCUGAGGUGGUUUCCUACAUUGUUAGUCCCAAAUCAUUAUAUUUUUUGCCAAAUGGAAUCACUGAGACCAGCUCAUCGAUGGUUCCCUCAGCAAAGGGGGUAACAAAACAUUUAUAAAAUGGUCACCAAAAAAUAGAAUGUUAACUAGGCUUCUGCGAUCCCCCCCUUAGCUUGUACAAUGGAGCAACGGCUCGCAAAGAUUCUCUCAAGUACAAUGCUCGGUGCAACGCAUGCGGAACUCCCGUGUUCGAGUUAGUUGUGCAGAGUUUGAUUGCUCAAUUUGCAACAGGUACAGAUUGAAAACGAAAGCUCCUGGUAUCAGGCUCGGAAGGAACUGGGUGGCGGUUUGCAUCUACGGCGAGAUGUAGAGGAAGUGAUCGGAGAAAUAAAGUGCCCCGCCUCUAAUCGGUCAACCUUUCAAGGUUUCUACUAUACUAUGCUGUCUAAUAAGGCUGGCGACCUUGUUCCUACGCGAGUUCCCGCUGGCACGGCGUCAAUGCCGCUUAAAGCUUGGAGGCUUGCAGAUAAUGCAUGCAUGGCUCGUGAUGCGCAGCUAACAAAGGCAUCAUGUGCUGGCGAGCAUUCUCAGGAGGAUCUCGUUUGCACCUUUCUGCAGGCGACAGUAGUAUCACCUCUCUUUGCCGGCCUGAUGCAAAUGGAACGAUUGUACUUGGUAAUAGGAGCUUUUAUGGGUGCUACGAAAAUGCAAGCAUACAAAAACAAAGCUAAAGUCAAUACCGCGCUUGCUACUUUGGGCAAUUCUCGCCUUGAAUUAAAAUUAAUGACGCCCGUGCAGUGGCGAUCGCUGGGUUCUGUGACUGGUGCAAUUCAACGCUGUGGCGAUUCUUUUGGACAACACAGCGCAUCGCUUGCUCAAAGUGAAGCAGCAAUUCGAGUAAAAGAAGCAGGGUCUUCUAUUGCUUUGACAAGACUACUUAGGGAAGCUUCAUCAGAAAAAUACAAAAGCCAUCAAAAUUCGAAUUCAGUCAGAAGGAUGGCCGAACAAACAAGUAAUCCAUUCGGGCACUUCCUCUACGCACUCCCCCCGAGACACCAAGAGUUUCUGCUUGCGAAGCAGCGGAAUGCAGAUAGUAAUCUGGAACAAGUGCAGCGCAAAGCGAUGCGAAGGCAAGCCUCUUUUGAACUCUCUCAUAGCCCAUCGCACAAGACAAGGGCGGAGCCUGGGAAGGUAACCUUACCCACAUCUAUCCUCUUAGGAACGCUGCGAGACCCAGCAAAAGAGGAACGUCGACACAAUGCGUUGCUUGCGUCAUGGUUCUCGGUGGAUCGCAAGUGCAAAGAGCAGCUUGCGGUGCGAAUUCAACACAUAUUUAGAAAAACCCUACUGACUAGAGCCCUCUACCAGAAUAAUCAGCGCAAACUUGCUAUCACAUAUAUCCAGAGUAGAAUCCGUGGGCGAAUUGGGCGGGCUUACACGACGCUUUUUGCGAAAGUUGCAUCACUCUCUGCAACUAGUAUCGCAACACGACAUCGCAUGGUGAUUGCAACACGUUGCAAGGUACAUCGCGGCAUGCUAAUGCGUGAUGCCGCGAGCAAAAUCCAGAGUUACACACGACGAUAUCAUGCGUAUUGUUAUGUCAAUUGGCUGCAGCAAAACUGGAAGAAUGCCGCCAAGCUAGAGUUUGGGGCUCGUCAGAUUCUGAUUCUCUGCCAGUUCAAGCUGUGGCUUUUUAGGAGAAUACGCGUUGAGCCCAUGUCGGUUUUCCAAGAGGACCCUUUACUUUUUGCACUCGCUCCCGCUCGUAUUGCUGCGAGGCUUCGCGGCAAUCUCGGCCGCACGAAUUUUGUAAGAAAGCUAUCAGCAAACGUUGUACAUAGAGUUGUCAACCCUGCGCGGAGCUUAUUGCAGCGCUUUAUGCGGGGUUGUAUUGGUCGUUAUUUAGCACUAAACACCGCGCAAAAAAACAAGAGUGCAACCAGAAUUCAGCAAGUCAUCCGUGGGCAUACAAAAGUUGUUUGGAGAAAACGCACUUGCUAUCUUACACUUAAAAGCAACAGCGUGAUACAGCUCCAAAAAGUUGCGCGUGGUCAUUUAGACCGCAUUUUUGUGCAACUCAAGAACAAUGAAACUAACCGCAUACGCCUAUAUAUGAUUCUUCUACCGCGCCUUCAGGCUUACGUGCGAGGGAUCAAGGCAAGGCAAAUCGCCAUGCGUCUCCGAAUUCUGAUAGUAUGCAGCAAUAGAGUUCAGCGUGCUUGGUGUCAAUAUUCAUUACGCAUUGAGGCCAGGCACGCGUACAAUAAAAAAUUGUUAAGAAUCCACACACAUGCAUCAACGCAAAUUACAAGUCGACUCCGAGGCCUAUUUGCACGGAAACGAUGCUCUUCAAUGCGCCACGCGACUGCUGGUCAUCGUUUCAAAUCCGCGCGGACAAUUCUGAGAUCAUGGCUUAGAUAUCGUAGUGUGUCGCGAUUUGCUGUCUUGAAAGAGGAGUGGCAAGUAGAAAACUCGACCAGGACAUUGAUGGCCUGGCAUUCCCUCAGAGAUGAUGUCCAUCAAGAUAUGGAAGACGUGCGAGCGGACAUAAAAAGCACGCGCAGAGCGCGUAGCUGGGCGAGGAAGCGAGUGCGGGAUCUGCGAAGCUUCAUUGCCGAAGCAGAGCUACGAUUACCGAAAGUCCAGAGCCAGAUAAUAGCUUUGGAUACAGUAGAUAUCGAUAAGGGCUGGGAUGAAGCGCUCAAGAAUGAGUGGGAACGCUUGACAUCACAAUUGGCGAUGGCGGUCGAAGAAAAGCGGCUGAUGAAAAUCCAAGCUAGUCGUUGCGAUACCCAGCUACUUGAUCUUCAGCUUGAAUAUGAGGACAUCGAAUUAGACAUAGAUGACGUUGCCAUGCGCGAACAAGAGGAGUUCGAACUUUUGCGUCGACUUGAGAUCCAGCAUGCAGAAGUGCGUGCUGAAAGCAGCUGGAUCGCGCGUGUGCGCCACGAGCGUAUGCGCUGGAGAGUGAGAAAUGUGCGCAUGCAUGUAUUAAAGCGAGAACGCAAGACUAUGGCCGAUUUGUUUGUGAUGGCACUGCAAAGAAGAGAGCUUGCUGUAUCGUCUACGCUUUCAGCAUAUAAACAGCAUCGACUUUUUACGAGUGCACUACACGAAGCUUCAAGGAAGGACCGUGCUAUGCGUUCCAAACUCCUCAAUGACGUGACAAUUGAUGAGGCCAGUGCAGUGAGCAAGCUCAGAACCACCUAUGAUGCUGUUUUAUCUGGAAUUGUUCCGAUUCUUGAGGGCGGUGGUCUGGAGAUGCGAAGGUCUUAUUGAUGGAGAUCGGGACAUAAUUCACGCUUUUACCUGAAUACACCUCCAGGCUACGCUUUGAUGUAAUUCACCCAUAGAAUACAAAUACUAGUAUGAGACUCGGAUGAUCUCUGUUAACCUUCCAAUAUACCAAGCUAAGGUUCGCAAGGCACAGAAGUUUAACGCAGCUCCUAAAGUUGGCCCGGGGUUUCCUUUGGGAGUGCAGCCGCCGAGAGCGUCCGCCAAUGAAACUCCCCAAAAAACACUAACUAGACGCAGCUAGUUUGUUUGGUUGGUUACUUCAAGUUGUUGCGCGUUGUGCGGGGAUUUGGUUGCUACCACCGUUCGCUACUUAGAAAGUGCAACGCGGGGG